AUGGCCACAGUCACCGGGAAACGGAAGCGAGAAGAACAUUCAUCCAAGAAGAUUCCGUUAAAGAAGCCGGCAUCACAGAAGGCAGUCACCGGCAAGCCAAAACCUGCUACUAAGCACCAAGACACGCCCGCCUCCUCACAUGCAACCACGAACGGAACCCUUGCAGAAGAACCUAUCCACAUCCAAAUCGUCACCGGCUCGUACGAACGCGUUCUGCACGGCAUAGCAGCAAGAAUCCCAUCGACCGACCUCCAACGACAACCAGCAAAGCCCACCAAUGGCGCCUCCACAUCAUCCGAAGAAGUAGAAUCCAACGUCACCUUCACAGACUCUUUCCUCUUCGCCGCCCACGUCUCCGCCAUCCGCUGUCUAGCAAUCUCCCAGCAGACCGACGACUCAGGGAAACGUCUCCUCGCAACCGGCUCCUCGGACGAGCGAAUCAACGUCUACAGCCUCUCGACCGCGCCACCGCCCCAGAAUGCCGUGGGAAAACUGCCUUCACUCACCGGAACGGCGACGGCCGAGAAUCCCAGGAAUAAGUCCUUGGGCAGCCUAGUCCACCACGACCGCGCGAUUACGAGGUUGUCGUUCCCCACCAAGACGAAGCUGUUCAGCGCGGCGGAGGAUGCCACGAUUGCGAUUUCGAGGACGCGGGAUUGGACGAUGCUGUCGUCGAUUAAAGCGCCCAUACCGAAACCUCAAGGACGGCCGUCUGGGGAUACUGCUGGACCGGGGGAGAUCCCCGCGGGGAUCAAUGACUUUGCGAUCCAUCCUUCGCAGAAACUUAUGCUGAGCGUGGGUCGAGGAGAGAGGGCAAUGCGGUUGUGGAAUCUCAUGACGGGAAAGAAGGCGGGUGUAUUGAACUUCGACCGAGACCUUCUCGCGCAGGUCGGUGAGGGGAAGUAUUCCAGCGGCGAAGGCAGAAGAGUCCUCUGGGACGAAGCAGGCGAGAACUUCGUCGUCGGCUUCGAAAGAGGCGCCGUUCUCUUCGGCGUCGACUGCCAACCAAGAGCAAUCCUCCGACCCUCGCCACUCUCGAAAAUCCACGAAAUGCGGAUUUUGACCCUGCCCAGCUCGCAAGGCAACGUCCUGGCCCUCUCAACAGAAGACGGCCGCAUCUCAUUCUUCACCAUGGACGCCAUAAUCGAAAACGAAAACGGCAAGCUCCCAACCAUCCCCUGCAUCGCUCAAAUCGGGGGCAAGGAAGCUGGCGUAACAGGACGUGUCAAGGACUUUGACAUCCUUGAAUUGUCGAGCUCGGAAGAAAGCGACGGCUCGGUCGCAAAUUGGAUCGUAGUCACUGCGAGCAGUGAUGGUGCUAUUCGAUUGUGGACCGUCUUUGAAGAUGACCUUGCCAUGGGCAUGGGCGAUGCGAAUAAAGCCCCUCGACAAGUUGGUCGUCCGCUCGCCCUGCAUGAGACCGGGAAUCGCAUCACCUGUCUUGGUGCGUUUAUCAUGGAUGGUAAAGUCAGUGAAAGUGACGAAGUAGAAGACGUCGCCGGCGCGGAAGAAGAGGUGGACUCAGAAGACAGCGAUGAGGAGUAA